AUGGCUGCCGGCGCUUCCAAAGCGCCGGCGCCGGCCCCCCGCCCGCCGGAGCAUGCUUCCGGCCCUCCCUCGGUGGUCCUCCAUCAAAACCUGCGGCUCCACAGUGGUGCAACGGGCGGGGAGGCUUCGGCUCAAGGUGGCGGAGCCCUAGUGGCGGCGGCGGUGCAAGGCGCUGGUGGGGAUGGUGGAAAGGCGGCGGCAGCGAGAGGUGUUGGUGGGGACGGUGAAGGCAGGGGGCUGGUGCAUGGCGUGGGUGGCGGUGAAGUUCGGGCGGCGGCGGCACAAGGCGGUCGUGGCGGAGGUGGAUAUCCGAUCGUGACGAAGGAGACGUCGGGCUUUGGCCCGCCUGUUGGCGCAAGCGAGGCGAUGGAGGAUAUGGUGCAGGCAUCGGCGGCGGCCAGGGCGUUGGUGCACCUGCUGUUGGCGGCUUGCGGCGGCGGUGGAGACGGGCUGACCUCGGGGAAGACGGGGGCGACGGGGGCGAUAGCCCCGGUGCUGCAGCAGGCUCGCAUGGUCUCUGGGCUGUCGGGGAGAGGGGUGCGGACGGGCUGCAUGGGCGAGGAACAGGGCAGGGACACCGGCAACCCUAACCCUAACCCUAACCCUAAUCUUGGGGCGCCGGAGGGAAGGUGGACGCAGCAGCAGGAAGAGGUGGCUGGGGCGGCGAUCUCGACGACGCGUACGACCUCGGGGACGCGGCAGAGGUCGCGGCCUGCUCUGACGCCGGCGCCUUUGCCGGAGCUAGUGGCGGCGAUCGUGGAGGCCUUGGCGGAGGUGAUGCGGACAUGGGACGCCUCCUUGGCGCCAACCGGGGAUGCAGGUGGGGACCCAACGGUGAUGACAUGCCGAGCAGUGGCCGGAGAGGACGGUGUGACGGCGACCGAUGGCGUCGGGGCGGUUUGCGGCGGCUGUGGAGACAAGAGGACCUCGGGGACGCCGGGGGGGGGCAGCCUCGACGCUGCAGCAGGCAUGCGAGCUCCUUGUGCCGACGGGGAGAGAGGGUUGGACGUGCUGCAUGGGAGAUCCACCGGGCAGGGCGGCCGGCGCAGCAGGGAACCGCCCCGGCAACCCGAACCCUAA